CACAAAUUACCAUUUCUCAAUCUUGCUUGAAGUCAUAAAUCCACUAAUCUCAAAGCAAGCAACAUGAUCAGCACAAAGAAGCUUACCAGAAUGGCGAGAAAUUGGCAGAAGAAGGCUGCCAUUGGGAGGAAAAGAAUCACUUCAAACAUGAUGGCUAGUAAGAAACCAUCAGUGGUUGAUAAAGGCCAUUUUGUUAUCUACACAACGGAUAAAAGGCGUUUUGCAAUACCCCUGGUGUAUCUCAGCAACAGCAUCUUCCUUAAACUCUUGAAGAUGUCUGAAGAGGAGUUUGGACUGUCCAGUGAUGGGCCUAUAACAUUGCCAUGUGAUUCACUUGUCAUGAAUUGCAUAAUCUUGCUCAUCCAACGAGGUUUAGCUAAGGAUUUAGAGAAAGCUGUGCUCAAUUCCCGUAAUUAUUAUGUCUGUUCAUCAUAUGGUACAACUUUUUCCAAUGAAGGACAUGCAAAUCAACUGUCACUUGUUUGCGGAUUCUGA